AUGCCCACCACGGAACGGAGAGGUAGCGCGGUGGCGGCAGCCGCCGCUGCCGCGCUCCAACUCUUGCCGGAACCUCUCACCAAUCACGGAGUCAAACGGAUACGAAAGGAAGUACAGUUGGUGAGCAAAAAGACCGGGACACCCACCGCGCGCGACGCCAACCACCACAACAAUAGUAACAACAACAACCACAACGCGGCGUACGGGUCCAUCCACACCGCGCCACACGCCAAGGGGACGCCGCCCGCCGCGUCCUCCAAAUUCGGACCCUCCUACGAACGCAGCGACGAGGAUUACACGGCGGAAGACGAUGAACUGCACUUGACCUAUAUGCAGCUCCUGCGCAAAAAUCGUCCCUUCCGACUCUACCUUGCCUCUUACGUUGCCAAUCACGUCGGCGAGUGGUUGACCUACCUCGCCAGUAUCUCCGCCAUUGAAGCCAUACAACUCGCUGCCGGAUCCACCCACACCUCACGCACCGCCGUCAGUGCCCUCAUUAUCGUACGGCUCACUCCCAAUAUUCUCCUCAGUCCCUUUGGCGGAGUACUCGCGGAUGGAUUGGAUCGCCGACAGAGUAUGAUUCGUUUGGAUGUCGCUGGCGCGUUGGUCGCCUUGGUAUUUUUACUAGCCAUGCAUCGACAUUCAAUCGCCCUCAUCUACAUCGCGACCUUUCUGCAAGAAUGCGUCGCCGGACUCUACGAACCAUCACGCUCCGCCAUUAUUCCGCAACUGGUUCCGGAAGAGAAUCAUCUCAAACUCGCCACUACCUUGGCCGGGUUGGCCUACGCCGCCGUUGCGGCCUUUGGGAGUGCCGCCGGUGGCUUUUUGGUUGCCCUCGUUGGUAUUCGAGUCUGCUACGUCAUUGACAGUGCCACCUACAUGCUCAGUGCCUAUCUAAUGGCCUUGGUGGGAGGCAAAUGGAACGUCUCCGUAUCACCCUCGGUCUCACAACCCGCACAGUCUCCGUGGACUUUGGUCAAAAGCAUGAUUUGGGACGGCUACAAGUAUCUCAAAGGCUCCGGUUUUGGAAUUUUGAUCUUUUGGAAGUUUUCAUCAGCCCUGGGAUACGGUGCCAUGGACGUUUUGAACGUGUCCUUUUCCGAGCGAGGAAAUUUGGGAAAUCGCUCCACGCGCUUGGGUUUUUUGUUCGCCGCCGCCGGAAUCGGUUGCCUGGUGGGCCCGCUCGUGGCGGAUCGCUACACCGACAUGAAUUGCCCCAAAUCGUUGCAGUUGGCCUGUUUGUACUCGUUGCUGCUGUCGGCAGUCGGCACACUCUUGACCGGUUUGCCGAGUCCGUUUUGGAUUCUGUGCGUCUGGUCGGCGGUCCGCUCCAUGGGAUCGUCCGUGCUGUGGAUCAAUUCGUCGCUUUUAUUGCAAAAGUUUUCCCACGCCGAAAUGCUCGGACGCGUUUCGGCCAUGGAAUACGCGCUGGCACUCUUCGCCGAAGCCUUGUCCGCCGUACUGGCCGGUGUUUUGCAGGACAAUCUGAGUUGGACCGCCGAAGAAGUGAGUAUCGGACUGGGCGCUUUUGGGGUGGUACUGAGCCUGGCUUGGGGCGUUUACCACUUUCGCGGGGGCGGAGCGGCCUCGGCGGGCGGCUCCGGUCCCGACGAGAACGGCCAGAUGGAGGCCCCGGAGGAACGGAACGAGGCCACAUCCGAACAGACCUGUUUAAUGGAAAGCGGAAAUGAAUACGAUAUGUAA